AUGGCAGAAUCGAGAGGCAGCUUGGAAAAGCCAAUGUCAAAACAAUCUGUGGUGAGUGCAGUAUGGAUCCCUAUCGUACCACAACAACACGACUCGUCGUCUGGUUAUGAUCGUCUACAUCCUACUACGCCACAGUUAUAUAAUGUGACAUCGAGUCAUACUCCACUCGACAAUACUUAUAGCAAGAAGCUUAUCAACGAUAAAGUGCAAGUAGAGACCAAUGCAAAUCGAUUCAAUUCAAUUUGUCAUAAAUGCAAAAGUCAUAUUGAUGGUAGUCAUCGAUCCCAAAUCACAUUUAACAACCGUAUAUAUCAUCUUAAUUGUUUUAAAUGUGCUAUUUGUCAUAAAAAUCUGAGUGAUUCACCGAGAAACCAAUUUCCAAUCUAUGAUGAUGGUGAACCUUUAUGUUCACGCUGCGAAUUAACAACUGCAAAAACUUGCACUGUCUGUGGAACACGUAUUGUUAGUGGAGGAUUGAUUAAUUUCAAUGGCAUGAGUUAUCAUGCAGGUUGCUUUCGUUGUGGUCAAUGUCAUCAGCCAUUAGCACAUGAGAAAAAUUCGUACACACAAAAUAUGAAACCUUGUUGUAUUCAAUGUUACAAAAAUCAUUUUGCAUCACGAUGUGCAAAAUGUUCCCAUCCGAUUUUUGUUGGAGGAUCGAUUAAUUACAAUGGAAAGAAAUAUCAUCAAGAUUGUUUUCAUUGUGGACAAUGUCAUCAAGUAGUGACUGAUUCAGAAUAUUAUACACAUCUUGGCGAACCUUGUUGUAUAAAAGAAUCAAAAGUUACAUAA